AUGGCAACGCCGCACCGGAGCUCGAGGAGACAGUCACCCGAGUCUAAUAGCGCUCUGGAGCCGCCUUCGGAGGCUGACCAGACUAUUACCCUUCCACCCUACCAACCCCAAUCACAUCAAUUGAAUGUCGAAGCCAGACAGGCCAUCCGAAACCUCGCGGAAUCAGAACAGUUCCGGCUUCUGGCUACUCACCUGGGAAACCUCGCACAAGCGUUAACGGACACCGUGGGCGAGGUCAAUGACCAGUUGACUGACGCAAAUGCAAGGUACCAGAAGCAGAAACGGAAAAGGGACAACCCCAAAGAUGGCGAGGAUGGAGACCCAUCAGAGGGCCAGCCUUCUGCAGAAGCGGAGAAGUCGGAUAAGCACAUUGCCGACCUACAGAUGCGUGUGAAAAUGACUACUGAAAAGAUGGAGCAAAAGAUUCGCGGCGUUAUAGAUGCAGAGUUCGCCGGCAAAACAGCAAAAGAGAUACUGGAGAAAAUUAGCCAAACACCCAAUGCAGGCCGACCCAGUGCCCAGUCAAGGCGUCGCACUAGAUCCGGAAGAAGGAAAAGGACCGAAGGUGACGGUAAUGGCGAAGGCAACGAGGGCGAGGGGUCCGAUGGCGACGGCAAUUCAAAUGCAGAACAUGACGAUGAGGAACAGCGAUACGAUCCUGUGGCUUCGACAACCUAUUUAUUUGAAACACAAGUACAAGAGAAGCUAGAAAAGUGGAAGAAUGCCUCUCUUACAGAGAGGUACACGAAUGACAAUACUUAUAUCGGGUUCUAUCGCGUUAUGCAUGAAUCCAGGCAUCCCGGAGACGAUGUUCCCCCACUCCCGAAUCGGUCUACCUGGUUUAGCCACAUGGAAGACCCGCCACAACCACCUCAAUCCCACCCUACUCGGCGCACCCGAAAGAGGGCCUCCCGCAUUCAAUCAGAUGACGAAGACAUAGCUGUUGAGAGCGAACGCAUCUCAACUCGCUGCCCCAUAACAUACCUCCCCUUUAAUGACCCAGUAAGCAGCACAAAAUGUCCGCAUACUUUCGAGCGUGCGGCGAUCGAGGAUAUGAUCAACAAUAGCAGCGAUACCAUUACAACUAAAACAAGCACCGGUCGGCGGAAGGUCAAGUGUGUCAAAUGCCCGGUUUGCUCCGCCCAGCUUAUACUUGAAAAUCUACGGCAUGAUCCUGCCAUGCAGCGGAGAGUCCGAAGAGCCAUUGAGAAUGAAACAAUGCAAGAUGACGAGGAAAUGGAUGAGAAUGAAGACGACGAGCAAGAUGUAGUCUUAGCUCGGCGGCAGACCUCACGAAGCCAAAAUGUAGCGGUGAAGUUGGAACGGCCCACGUCUCGCGAACGAAGCAUUGUUCCUGGGACACAAUUUGAGACGAUUAUUGACGAUGGAGAAGAGGAAGGCCGUGAUGUAGAUGUGGCUGACACUGAAGAGGAUGAAGAAAAAGACGAUGAAGAUGAAGAGGAAGAAGAAGAGGAAGAGGAAGAUGACGAAGAAGGGUAA